AGGAGCAGAAUAAUUUUAAAGCAGGAAAGGAGAAAGCAAAAGGAAUUCUUUGAAAAGAAGAAGCUUAAGUCAAAGAUGAAGUUUCUGGAAGUAUCAUCUCCUAAAAGUUCAGCAGUCAGUUUAGAUCUCCUCAAUCUGUAUGUUGUUGACCAGAUAAAGGACAACACCAAGAAGAUGAGGAAACCAGUCCACGUUGGUAUCACUGAGCAUGCAAAAAUGCCUGUUAGGAGGCACAACAUAGAACUUCCCACAUCACCACAACGCUUACAGCAUGUGUCAAACUUAGAUGACAUCCAGAACAGAUUACAAAAGCAAGUAUUGGACAGCAGAAGGCAGCAUCUUGCAGAGAAAGUAAAAUACCAGCACAAUUUAUCACAAGUAACAGAACUAAAGUAUCAUAACUCUAGUAUGGAACAUGGAGAAAAUAUGGCAAGAACUCCUAGUGCUUGUCCACUGCCGCCUUCUGAUAUUUGGUCCUCUGACUGUACACAACUUUCAGAAGAAAAUUUCAACACAAACCUAAUGGGCAACGCUUCAGAACAGACCUGUGAUGAGAGGCAGCAAACCCAGCCAGGAAAUUGUUCUGAUCAGGACAUCUGGACUGCAAAACCUCCAAGUCAAUGUAUGUUCAAAAAGUCUGAUACAGUGACUCAGGACCCAUUUAAGCCAUUGCACAGGCCAGCCUAUGUGAAUUCUGACAGGAAAAACCCAGUGAUAAUGGCCAGUAACAAAUCAGGAACCAGUGAAGGCUUAAAAGAACUAUUAUUUGACACAAAAGAAACUGCAGAAGCUCCCCAAGAUGGAAAUGAUUGUUCCUUUCUGGCACUGUUUGAAGAUGAGAGCCCAGCAAUCCAUCAUAAUCCUUCCACAAAGCAUUUUAAUUCUGUUGUUAAUGAAAGCAAUACUGCCAUUAUUUUCAUUGAUCCUGAUGAUCGAUAUCAAGUGACCAACAGAAAUUAUCUGUAUCAUACUAGAGAGGCUUAUUCUGAAAUCAGUACAAAAAAGCAUUUUGUAGACAGACACCUUGAAGGCAUUUUUACAGUUCCAGAACAGGUAUUGCUUGAAAGUAACAAUGUCUUAAGCACAAGCUACAAGAAAACCACUGAACUUCAUAAAACCCACCUACAGGACUGUUGUGAGGGACAGCACUAUGUCACAGCCUCUGAAAAGAAAGAAGAACCUGCAAACCUUGAAAAAAAUGAAAUGUUUGCUUAUCACCAUGAUCAGCAGAUUCAUCUCAAUGAGCAUGGGCAGAAGUAUUCAAGGAGAAAAAGUGAUGACAAGUCUUUGAAAGAAUCAGAAGACCCAGCCCAGAGACUGAACCAGCUCUUUCAGUUUGAAGAGUUCACAGCAGCACGAGAGAAAAAGUCCAUGUUUGGAAUGACUUCAAAGCUUCACAAGGUGCAGAAGGGCAGGGAGUCAUCACUCAGCAGCCAGUAUCCCAUCUACAAUUCAAGGCAAACAGAGAGCUGUUUCAGCUGUAGUUCUGACACGUCUGAAGUGGAAGACACAGCCGAAAAGAAGAAAUAUUUGAAUGAUCAAUUUUUGAAGAUAGAUGACAACCUAGUCUCAGCCUCAGCGAGCACAGAGCCCCUCAGAACACCUCACACCAGAACUGUGCCUCUCCAACCCAGCAAUAUGUUGACUACAGAGGAAGCAAACCAUCUCCAGGAGAAAGUCUCUAUUUCAUGUGCCACAAAGGAAGAAAACGAAAACGACACUGCCCCAUCUGAGGGCAGCUCAUUACACCAAGCCCUUAAGAGACAGCAUGUCACUCGCAGCACCCGAUGUGAUGUUUGGUCGCAGACUGAGAGCUCUGUUACAGAAGUGAGGAAAGUGCAUGUUGCCACCCAGUGUGGCACCAUGCAGGUGUGCAGCUGUGGGAGCUCCCUCCUCUCUGCCAGCAGCCCAGGGCGGGUCACUCCCCCUAGCACUGCAGGCACCACCAGAGGGCAUGAAAUGCAAGCCUAUGAGGCUCUGCAGCCUGUGGGCAUGGGCAGCACGCCAGAAAUAGAAGUGUUUGCUUCUGAAGCUGAGUAUCUGAGCUUGGCCGGCAGAAGGACUCUAGAGGUGCUGAAUUACAUUGAUACUAUGAAGGAGAGAGAUAAGCAGUGACCAGCUAGAAUGGCAUGUAGGGAAUACAGAUGUUCCAUCCUGUUCUUGGUGUGUUUCAUUUAACUGGCACAUGGUGACCUUUCUAGCCUGGUUAGACAAAAUAUUCUUUCACUAUUUGUUUGCUUUAAAUUAUUAUUAACUGUGAAGUUCUAUCUACCUACUGCUAUCACUCACUAUGUGUUUCUAUAAAUCUCCAGCUGUUAACACAGGAUGUUACAAUAGUCUAGUAACUAUAAACCUUAGGAAUUAGAUUGCUUUCACACCAUAUAGCCAUAGGAUUCUGUGGUUUUGAGAUUGACUUUGCCACUCUUGAAGGUAGCAGAAAGAUUCUGGUUUGCUUCAAAAUAUAUUUGAUGUAGCUCUUAGUUUAGAACUCUUAU